CUGGAGGGUGAUGAUAGCAGCGCCCUCACUCCUCCCUCAUCUCUCUCUCUCUUUCCUCUCUCUUCCUCUUGGUUCCCUGUUUUAGUGUUUAGACACAGAGAUGCUGGCAGCUGCCUGGAAGUAACACUGAAUACAGGAAUCAGAGUGCGAUGCCCAAACUUUCAAAGGGAGAGAACUGUGCCAAUGCUUCAGCUCAUUUUGUAGAGGAAUAUAUCACUCUUCCUACCUCAGACUCUGCUGUUUUGUUUCAUUUCUUCCUGUUUUAUCAGCCUUAAGAAGUGAGUCUUUCAGAACCAUUCACUUUUCACAACCUCUUUCGACUCGUCUUUGCCAGCUGUUGAGGAAUUUGGGCAUUGUGCGCAUUUUCCGUUGGAUUGGACUUGAGGAUUUAUUAGAUUUUUUUAACCCUCCUCCGUUCUUCUCAACCUCAACCCCUACGGAGGUCCACCGGCAGUCUCCCCCGGUUCGGCCCUGUCUGGACGUGUAGGCCCCCACGGAGGAAUGACGGACACGGUGUCGGAGAGCGAGCUGGACUCUGUGUGCGAGGGUCUGGAGCACUGUGGCACAGGGAGCCCGGUGGAAGAGCGGGCCCCCAUCAAGAGACCCCCCAACACCGGAGCCAAGCUAUGGGGCCGUGUACGCAGCAAGAUCCUCCGACAAAAGCUGGGUCCAGAAACAGUACAGUCCAAGAACUGGCAGAUGGAUGUAAUCGAAAUGAAUGGGAUCAAAGUUGAGUUCUCAAUGAAGUUUACCGGUCGGGACUUGACCUUGAAGAGAACCCCUUCAAAGAAACAGAGUGGCGUGUUUGGUGUAAAAAUCAGUGUGGUCACAAAGCGAGAGUGCUCCAAGGUACCCUUUGUCAUCCGUCAGUGCAUUGAGGAGGUGGAGAAGAGGGGGAUCGAGGAGGUGGGCAUCUACAGGAUCUCAGGCAUAGCCACAGAUAUCCAGACCCUGAGAGCUACAUUCAACACAAACAGCUCCAAAGACUUCCCAGUGAAGCUGAGAGGCACGGACAUCCACGCCAUUGCGGGAACUCUGAAGCUGUACUUUCGUGAGCUCCCGGAGGCCCUGCUCACAGACCGGCUGUACCUGCCCUUCCUGGAGGGAAUAGCACUGUCUGACCCUGCCGCCAAGGAGAGCUGUAUGAUGCAUCUGCUGUUUUCACUGCCAGAUCCUAACCUCAUCACCUUCCUCACUCUGCUGGAGCACCUCAGGAGGGUGGCAGAAAUGGAGUCAGUGAACAAGAUGUCCCUGCUGAAUCUGGCGACCAUCUUCGGCCCCACCCUGCUGAGGCCCUCGGAGGAGAGCAGAAAGGGCCACAUCGCCCUGCUCUCUGACCUGUGGUCGCAUGACGUCAUGGCACAGGUCCAGGUUCUUCUGUACUUCCUGCAGUGUCCCUCUGUGUCCUUCUCCGAGCUCAAACGCAGCACCCUCUACUUCUCCUCCGACGGAUAGCCUGGGCUGUGGCUUCUGCAGCGCCUGCCUCCGCUCACACUGCCCGGCGUGGGGCUGCUUCAGCGAGAGAGAAAGAGCGGAGUCUCAACUGAAGAAGCAAGAAACUCUACUCUCUGUGUGCUUUACCUAGUCCUGAGCUGUGUGUGGCUGUGUGUGUCUGUGGGUGUCGAGAGUGUCAAUCUAAACCCAUCAGGGGGGAAAAGCUGAAUGAGUCUGUCCAGGCCUGUCGCUCACUUCGGCCCCUCGUCCGCGCCCCCAAACCGCCCCGCGCUCGGCUGCACUCGACCCUGCUGCUGGUCUGCUACGAUACCCUUUUCUCACCUCCACCAUGGGAGAGAAGAUAAUGGUCCGGCUGUGGUCUGGUUCCCUCUCGCUCCAAAGGAAAGUCAAGCACUUGACCAUGUCAUCCACGUUUGUGUGUGUGUGUGUGUAUGCAUGUGUGCCUGUGUGCCUGUGUAUUAUUGGGAGAUUAUUAUACAAAUCAGAUUAUGAGGGGGUCAGGUUCUUUUUGAAAGUCAGAUAUCUGGGGGGCACAGGGGAUUGGCGGUGGGGGUUCUGGUCGUUAUUGGUUGUAGUUCACAUGGCUGUCCCAAAUUCUUGUUGUUGUCAGCGCAUGUGACAAGUGGUAGAAACUAUUUUUUUGCUUAUGAACGUCAGCAUGAACUAAGGACUGGAGCCUCCCAGAAGCUGUUUUAAUAUAGCCUUUGUAUCGUAUCCCAUUAUUGCUUCAGGGUUAUUGAUUGGAGAAAUUCCAUUUACAUACUUUAGAAAUGUGAUUUGCUCAACUGUGUAUCUUUAUGUCUGUGCAUAUGAAUGAAGAUAUGCACACACUCCGUGAUAUUGCACUGUCACUGGCUCUGUUCAAAUGUUAGACAAGGACAGAUGCGGGAACAGCAUCAUUUGUAUGUGUAUAAAAUACUAAUUUUACCUAUUUAUUUAUGUGGAUAGGCUUGAGUACUGCUGAAUCCGGUAUUCUCUAACCUUCAACCACAAUCUGCAUUUGUACUGUGUGUACUGUACAGUAUAUAAAUAUGUUUAAGUAUGCCUGUUCAUUGAUCAAUCGUGUAUCUAUUGAAUGUCAUAAGAGCCUUUGUACCAUUUCUAAUUCACAUUUGUUCAGAAUAGACUUAAAUAUAUAUUCAUGACUACAGUAAUCAAUAUCACUUUGUACAUUUGCAGUUAAGUUUUCAAUAGUGUCUGUGGGAAAAUGUUGUAUAAAUGAUGACAAUAAAAUAGUGCUUUGCGUAAAUGGUG